UAAUAAAUUUCGCUUUCAAAGUUCAUCAAGUUUCACAAAAGUUGAGAAGUAUUUCGUCAUGCAGUGUCCGUUCUUGAGCCGUUUUAACCCAAAUUAUGUACGCAAUUAUGCUGAAGUAUUGUACCAAUCUUAUGGCAUGUACUGUCCGGUAAUUGGAAAAUCUGCUGAGAAAAAACUUUCACUUGUCUCUACGCCAUUUGCGUCAGCUCCAACAAGGUCAGACAAUCGACGACGUGUGCAUGAUGUAAGGAGUGGCCGUACCCAUGACAACGUAGUUGCCAAGACCAAAGAUACUUUUCAAUAUGAAAGGUUCUUUAACGAGCAGAUUAUGAAGAAAAAACGAGAUCACUCGUAUAGGGUUUUUAAAAGAGUAAACCGUUUGGCUGGCGAUGGCCUCUUUCCCCAUGCACUUGAAUAUUCAUCUCAAUCGGAACGCCCUAUAACCGUUUGGUGCUCCAAUGAUUACCUCGGUAUGUCUGCGCAUCCGAAAGUGAAACGGGCCGUACAGGAAGCCCUUGAAAUGCAUGGGUCUGGGGCAGGUGGGACACGAAAUAUUUCAGGAAACUCUUUACAUCAUGAGAGGCUUGAGAACAAGCUGGCCGAGCUUCACCAGAAAGAAGCCGCUCUAUUGUUCACCUCAUGCUUCGUAGCGAACGAUUCUACGCUCUUCACUCUUGCAAAGUUGCUGCCUGGGUGCCAUAUUUUCUCGGAUGCUGGAAAUCAUGCCUCAAUGAUUCAAGGAAUAAGAAAUAGUGGCGUUCCAAAGCAUAUCUUUCGUCAUAACGAUGUCAAUCAUUUACAUACGCUCCUUAAGCAAAUGGAUAAAAGCACUCCGAAAAUCGUUGCAUUUGAAACCGUACAUUCCAUGACUGGUGCAAUAUGUCCAACUGAAGAGCUGCUCGAUGUGGCCCAUGAGUACGGCGCAAUUACUUUCAUUGACGAAGUUCAUGCAGUGGGACUGUAUGGCGACCACGGUGCUGGAGUUGGUGAACGGGACGAAGUUUUACAUAAAAUGGAUAUUAUAUCUGGAACAUUGGGAAAAGCGUUUGGUAACAUUGGUGGGUACAUCGCUGGAACUUCGAAUCUAAUUGAUAUGAUACGAUCGUACGCUGCCGGAUUCAUUUUUACCACUUCACUGCCACCCACUGUCCUUUGUGGGGCACUGGAAGCAGUUAAUAUAUUGGCCUCGGAGGAAGGUCGCCAGCUACGUAGCUUGCAUCAAAGGAAUGUUUCCUAUUUGAAAAACUUGCUCAAAAGAGAAGGAUUUCCCGUUGAGGAUACACCAAGCCACAUUAUUCCCAUUAAAAUUGGAGACCCCUUAAAGUGCAGCCAAAUCUCGAAUAUGUUAAUGGAUCAAUUUGGGCAUUACAUUCAAUCUAUAAACUACCCAACAGUGGCGCGAGGCCAGGAGAAACUUCGUUUAGCACCCACACCUUUCCAUACUUUUGAAAUGAUGAAUUUGCUCGUCACGGAUUUGAAAAAAGUUUGGGAUAUACUUAAUUUAUCUAUUAAUGUUCCACUCACCCCAGAAGGAUGCAUGUUUUGCAAUACGGACAGCUGUCUGCACCAAGAUACUUGUCCAGAUUUGGAGUGUGGUAUCCCGAAUUGCCCACGUUUGGCAGUAGCAGCUGCAUAGUAAAUGAAUUCGUAAUAUAACCAAUAGAAAAAAAUGUGUUGUUAAACACAGAGGUAUUGGCUACGGUGUUUUGGGUUAUUGGAAUACAUAAUAUAUGUAGAUGGGUUUAUUGCAAAAUCUCAAAAUAAAUAUCUUAUUGUUUAUUUGCAAAAA